AUGCCGUUCGUGAAGCGUGUCGUAACCCCGAAGUACAUCGCCCGCUCGUCCAAGUUGGCACUGCAGCCGUACGCGGCCGCCCCGACCAUCCCGGUGGCGGACAAUGAGUUCGAGGCGCUGACCAACGUCACGCUCAGCAACGCCCUGCGUCAGCUCGCUUCGCUCGUGUUCAUCUCCAACCAGAUCUUCACCGAGCUGCACGAGGAGCUGUCCAGCGUCAACGAGCGGUCGCUUGGCAUCAAGCAGCGCAUCGACCGGCUGUCCCAGAAGGUGGAACAGUUCGACCCGAAGCAGGUCACAGUCCCGGAAAGUGACCUCGAUACGUUCGUGCAAAUAAAGGACCACUACGCGACGAAGUACCAUGUGGACACGGCACUGUUCACCGUGGCCAGCCGGUCCGACACGGUGCGGGAGCUGUACGAGGCGGCCGCCAAAACGCCGGUCGCAACGAUCGCCGAGAUGGACCGCAUCAUGGGCAACAUUGCCGGAAACAGCACGGAAGCGUUCAUCUGCACCCCGGUGUUAAGUCGGCAGCGGCGCAACGCCCGGGCCCACAAUGUCGACAUGGCGGACAUCGAAGUCAGUCUGCCUACUGCCGUACAAGACCUACGCAAAUGGACAUCGUCGGAGGCAAUCGGCGACGUCACUACCGGUGUAGCGUGCUCCGUUAAGAUAGCGUCCAAUAACAAUUCCGUCCUACCGCACAUAACCGAAUCAUGUACGACGCCGUCCGAUCUGACCGACGCACCAACGACAUCCAACAUGGCCGACGAAACGGAUGUCGAUGCCAUCACGACACUGGCGGAAACGGUCACCAGCAGCGGCAGUGGCGAUGAUCGUGUCGAUCACCUGCUGCCAUCCCCAACAGAGCAAUGCCGUAUUUUGGCCUCAAAAUUCCCAGCGGAAACAAUCAAAAUCGAUACCUCCGGACGGGCGUUCGAUCGUAUGUCGUCGACGCGGAAGUCAUUGGUGUGCUAUACGGUGACGCGUGCCAAGAAGGACGAUACCAAGCCGGAAGAGGACACGGUUAGGCGGCGAUCGCGGUUACGGCGACCACGGGGCAAAAGACGCAACACAAUCGCCAGCUCAGAUCAGCGGGAAAUUGCGGAGGUUAUCAACAAGGGUGAACCAGACAGCGGUGUCGCUGACGAGCAUUCGGCGUGCGAUUUCGGCGAACUAAUGCCAGCCAUUCGCAGCAAGUCGGGCGAUCUGCUGCGCAAGGAACCGUCCUUCUCGGCCGAGUGGGCCAAGAGCUUCAACAAGAUGUCACACUUCAACUCGCUGAAGCAGUGGGGCAUGAACCGGCUGCGGAUGAUCAACCGCGAGUCGGCGAGCCACCGCGACAAGGAUCAGGACAUUGACGACUUCAAUAUCCACGAUACCACGCUCGCGCGUCAACCCAGCAUCGGCGGUAGCCGGCGCCGGGGCUCCGACAGGGAGAAACGCCUUUCGCACGACCGAAAGCCGUCUUACUCAUCGUCGGAACGCAGCUCGACCGGCAUCCUGGGCGGCACGACAUACCUGCCCGCCUCGAUCAAUCCGGUGAAGUUGAGGGAAACGUCCACGAUUCGGCGACAGCGCCGUACAGCGCUUGGCAAUCGGGACGAACCGCACUCGUCCAGUGGGAACUGGAGUGCAAGCUCCGAGUCCGGCAGGACGUCGAUCGGUAGCGAGAUCACCACGACCAACACACAUCCCAAAUCGAGUGCUUCGAGCACGUCGUUGAACCACAGCAACCCGAUCAGCUCGAGUGCACCGCCGAGCUCGAUCGUUAGCAGAAGACGAUUCUUCAACACGUCGGCAUCGAGUAGCGUCACCAGCGAGGGAACGAUCACGCCCGAUCUGCAGACGUUUGAUUAUCACGAUGAGGGCGGUGAGACUAGCUCAGUGUACUCGUGCGAUACGGAGGGUUACUACACUUCGUUCCACGUGGAUUCUGGGUUGAAAACACUCAAAGAGGAAGAACCCAUGACACCGCUCCAAUCGACAACGGCUCUGUCCAGCAUCACAUCAUUCUCCAGCUCCGGCAACACGACCGUUGUGUCCGAUUACGAUGUGUAUGGGAAGGGAUCGACGUCAACGACCACCAGCUCGGCGGGUACGAUCUGUACGGUGCUGGCGGAAGGUGACAAGAACGUUAGUGCAAGUGCCUCCAACUUACCCAAGAUCCCCGAGCGCAAGAGCUCCCUGACGAAGCUGAACCGUAGCAACAGCACCGCCAGCAAUGGCACACUGGAACGGAGCUACUCAAGCAGUACGCUCGGCAGUACGCUGGACAGUACCGGUACGAUCAAACGCAACGGUGUACUGAUCCAGAAAGAGGUGCUAAAGAUCCUACGGCAGGAGAAUAACAAUCGGCUCGAUGUGGCGGAUGGAAAUGCACCGAAGGUAACGGCCGCACAAGAGCUGCAGCACCAAACGUCGAGUGGGGCAGCGCCCGGUGAGGGUGGCAAGCUACCCCCUACUGCCGAACCCGAACACUCCGAGUCGUCCGACGUGGAGUGCGUGGAGCGUACUGAAAGACUGAAAGUGAAGACAACCAUUAACACGAGCCGCAUUCCUUCCAUGUGCAUCAUCACCCCAACGAACAGUGACGAUGAGCAGUCGCAGCAACCACAGACUGGCACAUCCGGUGCGAAGACAAUCGGUGGUAAACCGACCGACAAGGGUAGUGGCAACAAGCGACGACCCCCGCUAACCGAGUCUGCCUCGUUCGAGCUGAAGAAACCGAAAGAUUUCCGCAAACAUUCGCUUCUGCCACUGAACAACGUGUUCGAUAGAAUUAAGGGCGCAUUGCCACAUUUGAAGAAGUCACCCACCAAGGAAGAUGGCACUGGUGGGAUUGCAGCAUCCAAGCCGGUGCUCGGAACGGGCGCCCCGACGGAAGAGGGCGAAGGCGAGUACGUCGAGAUUUCCAAGGGGCGUAAAACACCGAACGAGCUGACGGUGCGCCGUAAUUUGGCCACGGUACUGUCCGGCAACUUGAACGAAGAAACCGAAUAUGUGUCGCUCAACGAGCUGCCCUGCAAUAUCAAGUGUGAGAGCGCUAACUUCCUGGCGGUGGAUGCGACCAAAGGCGCACCGGAGAGCGGUACCGACGGCGACGCUAGUGCGCUGCUACAAUCGGGUCAAGAUGGCGCCGGAAGCGGUACAGUCGCUGGUACGGCCGGGUGCGGUACGCGGCACGCUGCGCUGAAGGGUGCUGCGCGUGUGAAGCUGGAUGCAAACGGGCGAGUAAUUUUCUCAUCUGACAGCUUGAAGCGACGGAAGGGUGCCCACACAACGUUCGCUCCCGGACCAUGCGUAAAGGAUGUGUCGUCACGCGAAGCGCAAUGUAAACAACCGCACGUCGUGCUACAGCAUCCACAGCAGGAACAGCACCAGCAGCAGUACGCAGGUGGCGAUGGUGGUGGAACAGUGAGUACAACGAACCCAGUGGUGGUUGCUGUCGACGGUGUACCAGUAGUAGCAGCACCAUCAGCAAUACUUCCCACGGUGCGACAACUGAAGCGUCCCCUUGUUUCCGCACGGUACGGUACACCCCGUAUCGGACCGUCGUCGCUCGCGUCCAGUGUAUUGUUGGAACCGCCGAAGAAAACACUCGUGGCAACGAUUCUCCCCAACAGUGCCAAACAGCAGCAACCCGUACAGCCGCCAAUCCGGCGGGAAACCCGUGAACUGGCCAGCAUGCACUCCUUCUCCCCGUACGGCCCCGAUAUGACUGACGCGGGUGCUCCACCGUACUACGGUGCUGCACCGAUUGCAGCCUAUCAGGCGUCAACGGGAGCAGCGUCAGCAGUAGGCCAUGCAAAACUGUAUCCCGAAGGUGCUCACUCACUGGACCGUUCUAGCAUUAGGAACUGGUAUCCGGACAAGCUAACCGUCCAGCGGAACCUUGCCACGCUACCGAACCGGCCGGAAUAUGCGCGCACGUACCGGGCAGGCGGGUUGCAGGAUUACGAAGCACCGCGCGCCCUGCUGGCGGGAAGUUUCGCAAGCCCACCGGCCAGUCCACUCGUGCCGGACACGCCCGAUCCGAACAGUCUGUACGCGGUUCCAAACAAACUGAAACCCUCGCCGUUGGCCGUCGGUAGGAGCGUCGUGCCGAGACCGAUGGAUCGCAGCCUGCGGACGAUACUGGCCGAACAGAGUGAACUGUCGCCAAUCAAACCUUGCCAAACGAACCCAUUCCGUACGUCAACGCCCUCGAAGGAGGAUGAUGUGAUGGGGCCACUGCACCAUAAGCUGCUGCUGUCCACGUCCACCAACGUUCGGUCGUUGGGUAACUCGCCGGUACAUUCGGGUCGUUCGACACCGCGCGAAAUGCUGGAACCGCAGGCACCGAGGGGCCGACACAGUUGGGCGUCGAACAGCGUAGAAGUGCCGAAGACAUGCUCGGAUCGGCUCGGGACACCCAAAACAAGCUUAAUGGAUUUCAAGAAGCUACUGCUAGCCCACGGCACUAAGUCACACGCGAGUCCCGGUUCUAAAAUGUCGGCCGUGGAGCUAUUGAAGAAGAGCAAGGAAACGGCCGCGACGCGCCCGAAAGAACAACCGAACUCAUCUCCCGCGGCCAAUAUGGCGAUCCUGGAUAUGUCUGCCUCGCCGAAAAUGUACAGCUACCGGCGGAUAGCACAGCAGGGCGGAUAUGGUGGAUCCCCAACGAAGGGUGGUGGAGGUAAGGGAGGUGCGGCCCGUUCCAACUGGCGCUACAAUAAUAUGCGCACGGGUGUCAUCUCCACCGCCAUACCGGAAGCGAACAGUGAGGAAGACAUAUUGCCCACGGAUGGUAGGAAAUCGGUCGAGAGGGAACCCACCACACGUCCCACGCUUGCCAAGGGACCGGAACCGGAAGUGGAGGAAUCGAUCAGUAGCUUUAAGGAGAACAUUUUCCUCAAAGAGGACGAAAACAAUUUCAUGCGCGGUGAGAUACCACGGUUGGCCAAAUCGUUUGCCGGCUUUUCCACAUCCGAUGGGCCACGUGGUGGUAAGCUGGUGAAGGACAUGGCGGCGAAACUGAUUGCACGGGACCAAGGUGCGACUGGGGAAGAUAUACACGCCACCACCGCCAAGCAGACGAUGGCGUCGGCAGCUCUCGAAACGGCCCUUUAA